CCAACAACGAGAAAACCAACAACGGCAUCCACUAUAAACUCCAGCUGUUGUACAGCAAUGGAGUGAGAACGGAACAGGAUCUGUAUGUUCGCCUCAUAGAUUCCAUGACCAAACAGGCCAUCGUCUAUGAGGGCCAGGACAAGAACCCGGAGAUGUGCCGUGUGCUGCUGACCCACGAGAUCAUGUGCAGCCGGUGCUGUGACAAGAAAAGUUGUGGCAAUAGAAACGAGACGCCCUCAGACCCCGUAAUCAUUGACAGAUUCUUUCUAAAGUUUUUCCUCAAGUGCAAUCAGAACUGUUUGAAGAAUGCAGGCAACCCUCGAGAUAUGCGGAGAUUCCAGGUUGUUGUGUCGACCACAGUCAACGUGGACGGCCACGUGCUGGCCGUGUCCGACAACAUGUUUGUGCACAACAACUCCAAACACGGGCGGCGGGCGCGCCGCCUCGACCCGUCAGAAGGUACGGCCCCUUCUUAUCUGGAAAAUGCCACUCCGUGCAUCAAGGCCAUCAGUCCCAGUGAAGGCUGGACCACGGGCGGCGCCACCGUGAUCAUCAUCGGGGACAACUUCUUUGACGGCCUACAGGUGGUGUUCGGGACGAUGCUCGUGUGGAGCGAGCUGAUAACUCCCCACGCCAUCCGAGUCCAGACCCCGCCGCGGCACAUUCCUGGCGUCGUCGAGGUCACCCUGUCCUACAAGUCCAAGCAGUUCUGUAAAGGCGCUCCAGGGCGGUUUGUCUACACCGCCCUUAACGAGCCGACCAUAGAUUACGGUUUUCAGCGGUUGCAGAAAGUGAUCCCGAGACAUCCGGGCGAUCCCGAAAGGUUACCCAAGGAAGUUUUGCUCAAGAGGGCGGCCGACCUGGUGGAAGCCUUAUACGGGAUGCCCCACAACAACCAGGAGAUCAUCCUGAAGCGGGCGGCUGACAUCGCGGAGGCGUUGUACAGCGUCCCUCGCAACCACAAUCAGAUCCCCACGCUGGGCAACACCCCCGCGCACACGGGCAUGAUGGGCGUGAACUCCUUCAGCAGCCAGCUGGCCGUGAACGUGUCCGAGACAUCGCAAGCCAACGACCAAGUCGGCUACAGUCGCAAUACAAGCAGCGUGUCCCCGCGAGGCUACGUCCCCAGCAGUACUCCCCAGCAGUCCAAUUACAACACAGUGAGCACUAGCAUGAAUGGAUAUGGAAGUGGCGCCAUGGCCAAUCUAGGGGUCCCUGGCUCGCCUGGAUUUCUUAAUGGCUCCUCCGCUAACUCUCCCUACGGCAUAGUGCCGUCCAGCCCCACCAUGGCAGCCUCUUCGGUCACCCUCCCUUCAAACUGUAGCAGUGCCCACGGCAUUUUCUCAUUCUCACCUGCCAAUGUCAUCUCUGCAGUGAAACAAAAGAGCGCCUUUGCGCCCGUGGUCCGGCCCCAAGCCUCUCCUCCUCCCUCCUGCACCAGCGCCAACGGGAACGGACUCCAAGGCUCUCUGCUGGGUGCUGAGGACGUCCCCGUGGAGAAGACUAACUGGCCCUUUUGUGAAGUCGGUGGCAUAUUUCACUUUGAUGAACUAAUGCUCAAAAAAGGACCUGGAAAGCUAUGUCUGGGCUGGUAGUCCCGCCGAUGUGAGAGACCUCUGUUUACCUUCCGCAGCACCCAGCAUCCCGGGACGGACUUCAGGGGACACGUUGAGUGUAUUGAGACAUGCUGGUGGAGACCGUAUCUUCAAAUACGUCAGCAGCAGUCGAAAUGCUACGAAAGACGUUGUUUAAAGAUUUUAUUUAAACUGUUAAGAGCCGACAUGCAAACAGCCUACUUCUUCAUGAACGAUUCCAUUUUACUGACUGAACUUUUCUCACAUUUUCACAUGUCUCGGUCCCGAAGAACAAGGAGAACAAAGCGACACCUAUUUUGUAUAGAGUUUCCGACUCCGUCUUGGCUGUGUCUAGUACUUGCUAUGUGUUGGGAGAAACUUUGUGAAUGCACCAUUUUGAUGCUCAUGAAACACUGAGGAAAAAUGCCUGCGGACAUUUUUCUGUCCUCAUCCUUAGAGUCACAAUGGUUGUGUAUCUCUAUAAUGUGAAAUAUUUUUUUGUGGUGAACCAAGGGGGCCAAGGAGGUGUGAGCCAUCGACCUGGAAGAGAGGAUGACUAUAUGAUUCGAAUUGGGGGUGGCAGGGAGGGAGGGAGGGCUUACCAUUGCUUACCUUCAUCUUAAUGAAAUGAAACUUUGUAACUUAUUGUAGUUAGAAAUUGUAACUUUGAUAUUGAAUUCUCUUGCCUUCAACAAGCACACUGACAGAGAAAAAAAAAUGCUACUGUCUGUUGGUUAAACUAUUCUCCCACUGCUAGAGCUUCCUGUUAAGCAAGCGUGAUCUGCGACAUUUUUCCACUUUUGCUAGUACUGUAUACGAUUGCAUUCUUAGGCUACUGUGAGGUCCAUGUUUCUUGUACCAGAAAUUGUCCUUUUGACUUCUAGAUCCUUCUCCCCUGAUGUGUUUUGUAUGUGGUUAUAAAAUUGUAGACUUUUGUGAUUUUGCCAAAGUUGUAGCUAAAUAUUUAUACACUUGUCUUGAAUUUUUUUCAGAUCCACUUAACUAUUUAGAGAGGAAAAAAACAACCACCACAAAACCCACCAAGUUUUAUUCCUUAUGUGUCCUAUAAGGAAUAAAAUGGUCUCAUUCAACACUUUUCCAUGAACACUUACAGUUGCUAAGGGACUUUCUUUUGUAACAUAUCAAUUAUAAAUAUUGUAUUUAUCGUUGAGAUUUUGUACAUUGCUUUCCCCGCCAUCGUUUUUCCUUUUUCUCGUCCGCGUUGGUUCUGGGUCACGGCCCAGUGUUUGCGACGCCGGGGAGAGCGUUAAGCCAAGACUGUCUCUCGCGUCUGUUUCGUGAAAGUGCAUCCGUGUCCUUGCGUUUCAUUUGUACUUAAAAAGUAAUUUGCUAUUAUUUAGACUUUCCAUCCUUUUUUUUUAUUUUGAGGAAAAGUCAAAUUCAUUGUUUAUUUUUAUAUUAUUUUUAAGUUAUCUGAACAAAUACUUUUGAAAACAAAAAAAAAGUUUGUUGUAUAGUCAAAACAAAACGGUGCCACCGGCUGUGACAAGUCCUAGUAGAGUCUGUGCAUGUGGAACGGCCGUGCAGAGGGGACACCGUUUGGGGCUGUGUCCUUAUUUUAUUAUUAUUUUUUUUUGGUAGAAUGUAAAAAGUCAUUUUAGCUGCCACCCAUGACUUUUGCCACAUAGCUGAACUGUGUUUACUGGAAAAAUUCAGAGGCCUAAAGUUUAAAAUAAAAUUUACUUCUGAUGUUUUAAUUAAAAAUGUCUGCCACAUGAACUUCUCUGAUGCCUUAAAAGUGGACUUCUUUAAAGAUCCUUUGUGCGAUUUCAUCGCAGGCGUACACCACAACUGUUAAUCCGAUCUCAUUUGGAAACGUACGGUGUUAACACACACACACACUCAAGCACAAACCUGGGGCCUGCCGGCUCCCUCGCUGCAUCCGAUCCUGCCGCCUCCUGCCGCCUCCCACGCUCUCCUCGGGUCCGGGAGGUUUCGGGGGGAGGCACGACGCCCCGUGUUCCUUUGGAACGAUGUUCCCGGUGUGGUCAGGCCCGGCAGCACUGUCUGUACUUUUUAAACUGGAAUGACCUUCCCAUCCCGCGCCUGUGCGUGCCAAACCCGCGGCGAGACCCCCAGGGUCCGCGCUUUCUCCCCUUUGCGUUCAGCAUCCGCAGGCGGAACAGCAGACGUUUUGCCAACUGCAGCAGGAAUCAAAUUUAAAACAGAAAGGAGGGGCUUUUAAAAAACUUUACGACAAAAAGUAAAACAAUGCACAGCUUAGAAAAGUGUUCGUUCAAGGGACUAAGUAAACAGACAGAAAGUCCCCAGCCGUCGGCGGGUCCCACGUGGGCCCCCUGACGGCUGACAAGGCUUAGCUACGCGGAGAAGCCCAAGAAGUGACUCUGGAAAUAAAUCGCCUCCGUUUUCUUUGGUUUCGGUCAGGGUUUGAUCUAAACACGAGCUCCCGCACGCCCGUCGGGGCAUCUGCCAGGGCCCUCACCCCCGCUCGGUGUGUGUUUUAGGUUCAUUAGCCAACAACGCCCUCAUCGCUUUACCGUCUCAAAUCUGAGCGCUUCACCCGAUGGUAGAUGUUACUGUUAGAGACCCUACAAUGAAAUUGUUUUAUCUGUACAUUUUUUCAGAUAUUUAACUGUAUAAAAAUGUUCAUUUUACACAAUAUUUAAUUAAAGUAUUUCUUGUCUGUGAA